GCGCAAGCGUGGUGCAUCAGUUUGUGCCUUAUAAAAACUUAAGGAAACCAACUGUCAAAUCAUUACGACUUGUUGCAUCAACGAAGUUACACGGCGCAGAGAUACUGUACAAAAUCGUCAUAAUUAAACACGGUUUUUUAAACUACAUGAUUAUCAAAAUGGGAUUUUUGACAAUACUACUUGGAUUCUCUUGGCUAAUGUCAUUUAUGAAUAUUGGAUAUACUGCAGUUUUACCUGUCAAUCAUAUAAUUGAGAACUCAUUGGACGAACCUUCAUUUAAUGGUAACGAAAAAGGCAAAGGAAAUUUUGAGCACAAAGACUGGGUAAUGGUAAAAGAAAUGCCACCUAAUAUUAUAAGAGCAUCUCCUGGUCAAAGGGUCGAACUUGAAUGUACAGUUUUUGGUAGUCCGGUUCCUCAAGCACAAUGGAACCGAGGAAUUCAGCUUAACCAGAUAACAAUAGGACCAAACGAAUUCGAAAGUUCAGGGGAAUAUCAAGGUGCUGGCAAAGUUACUGUGAGACAUGUUAUUGACUGUAUUCAGCCACAUCAUCAAGGAGUUUACACUUGUACAGGUCAAGCAAGAGAACAAUCAAUAGCUAGUGAUCCAGUGUCAAUUAUUGUUGAAGGUAGAGGUAGUCAAUGCGCUUCAGAAAAAACUUCUAGAGUAACUAAAUGGAGUCCCGUAUUAAUGCAAAUGAUGGGAACGACUGUUAUGAUACCUUGCUCGGUUAGUGCUUCUACACCAUACAGACAUUACUGGAUGGACAAUUAUAACAGAGUUAUUAAUUUCGACGUUGACCCAAGACAUAAAUUGGGACCAGAAGGAGAGUUAAUAUUAAACGAACUCAGUUGGUCUGAUAUGGGUGAAUAUACUUGCAUUGUAGAAAAUUCUAUCAGUAGAGAUUCUGCGUCGACAUUCCUUUAUCCUAUGUUACCAAAUGAUGUGUAAAUGUAAAUGAGUUGCAAUACACUCUUAUAAAUUAAAAUACUUUAAAGAUCAAUUGUAUAAAUUAAAAAUCAUCUCAUAAUAUAAAAAAUGUUUAAUAAUAUUUUAGUGCUUUUCAAUUAUUAGCUACAUCAAAAAUGAGUAUAAUCUAGUAGUCGACUAUUGUAGUAGAGUUCAUUAGUUGUAAAAAUUAUAAUUAUUAAAAUUGCGUUUUAAAUUUA